UCCAUCGACGUGCGUCAGCAUCCUGUGAGGUUUGAGGCCAUGAGAGAAAGUCGGAUGACGAUGCAGCCUCUAUGCAGGCCAUCCCCGCAACUCGGCUACCAGUGCAGAUAUUCCCCUCACCAUCAUCAUCCCCAGAGUGAAUAUCGUUACCUUGGAUCGGUUAGGCCAUAUCACGAGGCCCCGGUCUUGUCGCCAUGCCUUUGGCCCGGAAAUGGUACUCUGUUAUCACACAGCCUUAUUACCUUGUUGAGGAGGCAAGGUUGAGACCACCCAUCACCCACU